UUACUACAGUCACAAAGUCAUAAACACCGCAUAUUUCUAAUUCUAAAAUGUACCUUCUUAAAAUCUGUAUUUAAACCUAACCACACUGCUAACCGUAUGCCUACCCUAACCUUGAAUUAAGACCAAAAAAACAAUUUAUGUUGUCAUGAAUUUUUACGAUUUAGCCAAUUUGACUUUGUGACUGUGCUAUGUAGUGGAAACCUCCUCAAUGUCACACAUGUUGUUGUGUAACGCUAGCUGACUUGUUGGUUUCUAGUAGCUAUGUUAUAUUAGCUAAUCAUGUAUAAAUUCAACUGUAUAUUAUCUAAUUCUGUCAGGAGUGCCUGCCAACAGGUUGCUGGUUCCGUCAAUGCAGGAGGCUCAAUGUGUGGUCUGCAGAGAGCAGUGUGCUCCAGUGCUGUCAGGUUGCAAGAGGAUGCCAGUGUCUCAGCCACACCUGGGAAAAUAUCAAAAGAGUUCAGUCACCUCCCUCCGAUGCCUGGCCAGGACAGUGUGCUGAGAUGGGCUGGGAAGAAGUACGAGGAGUUGCCAAUAGCACAUAUCAAAGCCACAUAUAACAAUACACAUGUCCAGGUGAUAUAUUUUAACCUGUCUCCGUCCAGUACACAUGUCCAGGUGAUAUAUUUUAACCUGUCUCCGUCCAGUACACAUGUCCAGGUGAUAUAUUUUAACCUGUCUCCGUCCAGUACACAUGUCCAGGUAAUAUAUUUUAACCUGUCUCCCUCCAGUACACAUGUCCAGGUGAUAUAUUUUAACCUGUCUCCCUCCAGUACACAUGUCCAGGUGAUAUAUUUUAACCUGUCUCCGUCCAGUACACAUGUCCAGGUGAUAUAUUUUAACCUGUCUCCGUCCAGUACACAUGUCCAGGUGAUAUAUUUUAACCUGUCUCCGUCCAGUACACAUGUCCAGGUGAUAUAUUUUAACCUGUCUCCCUCCAGUACACAUGUCCAGGUGAUAUAUUUUAACCUGUCUCCGUCCAGUACACAUGUCCAGGUGACAGACAGUGAGGGCCAGUUCAUGGUCAGAACAUCAUGUGGAACCGAGGGGUUCAAGAACGUCAAGAAGUCCACUCCCAUCGCUGCUCAGACAGCAGGCAUCUCAGCUGCAGCGAAGGCCACGGUGGUGGGGGUGACGUUUGUCCGUGUGUUGGUGAAAGGUCUGGGUCCUGGACGCCUGUCUGCCAUCAAGGGUCUGACCAUGGGAGGAUUGAAGGUAGUGUCCAUCACAGACAACACCCCCGUACCACACAAUGGUUGUCGCCCUCGCAAGGCUAGAAGAAUAUGAACCGGACCGUACCAUCGUGGACUGCAGGGGGGUCCACCUGUCUUGUAACAUGCUUCAUGUUGUUGUUGUAUGAAGAGUAUUUUUUUACUGGUAUUUAAGCAUUUUGGAAAAUACUUGUACAUGUUGGUAUAACAUUCAGGGCCCGUUUCCCAGACACAGAUUAAGCCCUGGACUGAAAAACAAGUUCAAUGUAGAAUCUUCAGUCCAGGACUAGGCUUUAUCUGGGAAACUGGCCCUGUGUGCGUGUACCAGCACAUAGAAAAUGAUGGGAACAGUAAGACAGCCUCGUUCUAGAUUCAUCUGUUUAUUAAAUCCAUAUACACCCAAA